GUCAACUAUGAAAGCCGAGGAUGUGCCUGGAACACAAGCAUCAACCCCUCCAUUUCGAUUUGAGACGACGGCAGUUCCGGCGCCGGUUAGCUGAAGCAACUCGACCAUUGUUGACGCCAAGGUAAACGACAGCGGAGAAUGUUGUUCCUCUCGCUUUUCGGGGCGCUUCUCGCCUACGCUCUCUACAUUGCUGGCCCCUUUGUCCAUCGGAGGCUCACCGUGCUGGGCGUCUUGCGGAGAUACCCAGCCGGCAGCGUCUACAGCGGUGAAGUGAUUGCUAUCCCCGACACGGUUCACUGCGAAGACGUUCACUACCACGCGCCCAGCGGGACUCUCUUCACUGCAUGCGAGGACAACGCGGAGAUCAGGUUCAAGUGGUUUCCGCCGCUGGCCACCUUUGACGACCCGGAGCUGGCCAGCAGGAGCCAGGGGUCGAUUCAUGUGGUCGACCCCAAGACCAUGAAAUCACGGAGGCUUAAGUUCGAGAACUUUGAGGGUCCAUUCAUUACCCACGGAAUCGACGUGAUCCCGGAUCCGGAACGGCCAAAUGGAGAGGCCGUGUACAUCUUCGCCGUCAACCACGUCCCGGAGACCCAGGCUUCCGGCCAGAAGGGACCGGGUGCCCGCUCGCAACUCGAGGUCUUCCACCACGAUAUCGGGUCCUCAUCCGUCAAGCAUCUCCGCUCCGUGUGGCACCCCUUGAUCAAGACGCCAAACGACAUCUUCGCUCAGAGCCCGACCUCCAUCUACGUAACAAACGACCACCGGCACCGCUAUCCUGGCUUGAUGCGCACACUCGAGGACUUCUACCCCGGCGCAAAGUGGACAGAGGUUGUGCACAUCCGGCUCGACUCUCUGGCCCCAGCUGACCAAUCCGCCACCGCCGGCGUGACCGGCAGCAUUGCUUUGGCCCCAAUUCACAACAGCAACGGCCUUGGACACGGCCGAUCCGACAAUGAGAUCCUCAUUGCCAGCUGCACCAGCGGAGUGCUCCACAUCGGCCGGGUCUCGAGCGACGACAGGAGCGGCAACGGCAACAUCACGCUCGUCGACUCGAUCGAGUUCGACCACGUCGUCGACAACCCCAGCUACUUCUCCGACCCCUACGCCAGCAGCACCACUGGCAACGGCGACCGCAGCGGCGUCCUCGAAACCGGCCUGGCGCGCGCCAUCGACCUGAGCAAGACCCGGCAGGACCCGACGGCCAAGGACCCCGUCAUGGUCACGUACGCUCGGCCGACUGCGCCGGGCCGCUGGGAGAAACGGGUGCUGCUGGAGGAUGACGGUACCAGGAUCCGGAGCGGGAGCGCGGCUGUUCUGGUUGCCAUCGAGCCGGAAAAGGACAAGGCGUCCCGGAAGGCCUGGCUUUUUGUGACGGGCUUCGUGUCGCAGAGCAUGAUUGCUGUCAAAGUCGACCUGUGAUGAUGAGUAUUUCGCAUUCACUGCAGAAAACGAGUUUCUAGCCAUUCUUUACACCGCAUCCACCAUUCCAUCUGUUGCCUCUGUCGUCGAAACGGGUCUCGGCGGAUGACGCUCCUUCCAUAUUGCGGAGUGCCGUUAACGACGUCCUGGCGGAACUCAGUUUUCAGACGGCAAGGGU